AUGGCUUCAGCAAGCAAACCUACGCCGACUACCUCUGCUCCACGACGAAAGUCGUCGGGCCUGAAAGAGAAGAGUUCCAUGAUCAUUACUCUCAAAUUAUCUCCUGCAAAGUUAAGGGGUGUUGGUCAACCUUUGAUCAAAGAAGACUCUCCAUCAAAGGAUUCCACAUCAACAAUUCCAACUACUACGCCUGUCGCAAAGAGUCAAAAUGGUGACGCUCCGGUCGAGUCGGACCCAAAUACGCCCGUACCAAAUGGUACUGAUACACCAGUUUCAUCAUCGAUGCCCCCUCCAACGGAAGCAAUUAAGAAGAAGGCUGGCGUCAAGAGAAGUUCUACUGCCGCCUUGGGAUCAGACACAACUCCUAGGGCUAGAGGCAAGCCAGGUCCAAAGAAGAAGGCAAGAUUGGAUGAUGGCACACUUGCUCCUAACGGAAGUACUCCAAGGGCGUCCAAUGGAAACAGUUCCCGGCUUGGGCCCAAGGCCAACCAAGGCGCAAUCAAUGCUGGCUUACGUGCCCUCGAUCGUUCUGGUAAACCUUGUCGCAAAUGGGAGAAGCGCUCCUUCAUUAUCAAAACAUUUACGGGCAUCCCUAUCGAGAUUCCUAGGUGGAGAGCCCCUCCUAAAGUGACAGUUAAUCCCAGUACUGAAGGUUCGUCAACUGGUGACAGUAGCAAGGAGAACAAGGAAAACAGCCAGAUUGAAAGUGAGAAGAGCACUAGCGCCAUGGAUGUUGAUGCUACCAACCUCGUCAGCUCUCCCCCAGCCAUGGCUCCAGCUCCAGCCUCUACGUCUACCUCCACUUCUGCACCUGCUGUUGCGCCUACAUCAACUCAAGAUCAAACUCAAUCUCCUGCGGUUAUCACUGCUUCCGCCUAA